AUGUCUGCAGCUUAUCGACCCCGUAGUCCAGUAUCAGCGAAAGCACAGCCAUGGAGACCCCAAGACCGGCCAGGAAUAUCCAGUCCACCAGGAGCAUCCCGACAGCACGAUGCGGUUGGCCUGCAAAGGAAGAACUAUGCUUGUUCCCGAAAUUCCGAUCAAUUUUGA